CCUCCUGCCGAAACCGAAAGCGAAGGCGCGCUCGGCCUCUCGGCGCUCGCUCGCUCGGGUCUGGCCGGGCCGGCAGCUGCUGGGACCCCGGCCGGCGUGGUGAGCUGGGGGCUGGCCCCGCGGCAUGGAGGGGGCGUUGGCUGCUGCGCCAGGGGACGUCUCCUUGCACAACUUCAGUGCUAGGCUGUGGGAGCAGCUGGUCCACUUCCACGUCAUGCGGCUGACGGACUCGCUCUUCCUGUGGGUGGGAGCCACGCCGCACCUGCGCAACCUCGCCGUGGCCAUGUGCAGCCGCUAUGACUCCAUCCCUGUGUCCACCUCACUCCUUGGAGACACUUCUGACACGACCUCCACUGGCCUUGCCCAGCGCCUAGCCAGGAAGACCAACAAACAGGUGUUUGUCAGCUAUAACCUUCAAAACACAGACAGUAACUUCGCAUUACUUGUAGAAAACAGGAUCAAGGAAGAAAUGGAGACUUUUCCGGAAAAGUUCUAGCUGAGUGGCAGAAGUGCGAAUUUGUAACUUAUGUACAAUGUACAUUUAAAUAAAGGGAUUGGAUUUCAUUUUGC